AGCUAGAGUGUCAAACGCGUCCCUCCAUCACUGCAGCCAUUGGUAGAAAUGUCUGUUUCCAGUCUGUUGGCUUGGGUCGUUGGGCUCAUAGCCUGCGUCAACGCCUUGGAGACAGCCGCGCUACGCGCUACACUGCUCCACUAUUUCCCCUGACCCUGUGUAGGCUCUCGCGCUCAGUUAAACAAACACCAGACCCUCUGAUCAUCAGACGCUCUUCAACAAAUCAGUGUGCGAUUCUGCGAGAGCGAGUGCACAUCGUAAACUAUUAUUUCUCUGCACUCUAUAUCUCUCCAGGAUGGAUUUACCUUUAGCGGUGACAGCUACCUCGUAUCCCGAGUGAGGGGUGUCUUAUCAAUUGCCAAGUUUCGUCAAUUCCUGGAGUUUUGAGUGGGGAAGCAAGCGUUUUUUCCUCUCUUGAUCCUCACUCGUAUUUCACCACCGCAUCAGCUGGAGCGAUAGCUGCUGCUUCACGAUGGCAGGAGCGGGAAUAUUUCUGUGCAUUCUGCUGUUACAGUGUUUUAUCUCCACUGCGCUGUGCAACGCCGGAUUCGCCUUCACGGAGGAGCCCUCGGAGAGAGCUGGGAAGUCAGACGGGUAUUGUAGUCGGAUAUUACGGGCUCAGGGCACUCGUAAUGAAGGCUACAACGAGUUUCGGCUCCGAGUCGAGGGGGACCCAGAAAAUUAUCAUCCUGGGAGCACUUACAGAGUGACUCUCUAUGCAUCCAGUCCCGCUUACUUCAGAGGUUUCACCCUCAUCGCUCUGAGGGAGGGCAGGGAAGGAGACAAAGAAGAGGACUAUGCUGGCAAUUUCCAGAUCAUCGAUGAAGAGGACACCCAGUUCAUGAUCAACUGUCCCCCGGCAGUGACAGAGAGUACCCCUCGGAGACGCACCAGGAUCCAGGUGUUCUGGACAGCACCCCCCAGCGCCUCUGGUUGUGUCACCCUCAAGGCCAGCAUCGUCCAGAAGAGGAUCAUCUACUUUCAGGAUGAAGGCUCUCUCACCAAGAGGAUGUGUGAGAAAGAGUCGUUGUAUUGGGAGACCACAGAGAAGCCUCUGCUGGAUUGCUGUGCCUGUGGAACAGCCAAGUACAGAGUCACCUUCUAUGGCAACUGGUCAGAGAAGGUGCACCCAAAAGACUACCCUCGGCGUGCUAACCACUGGUCGGCCAUCAUCGGAGCGUCCCACUCUAAGAACUACGUGCUGUGGGAGUAUGGUGGCUACGCCAGCGAGGGCAUCCAGAAGGUGGCCGAGCUGGGAUCACCUGUCUCCAUGGAGGAAGAGAUCAGGCAGAAGAACAGGAACGGCUGUGCCUGUGACAGCUACAGUUACCUCCAUGAUGUCCAGUAUCGUGCUGCCCCGUCGGCUGAGUUCUCAGUGGACCGUARCCGUCACCUGAUGUCCUUCCUCACCAUGCUGGGGCCCAGUCCUGACUGGAACGUGGGACUAUCUGCAGAGGACCUCUGCACCAAGGAGUGUGGUUGGGCCCAGAGGGUUGUCCAGGAUAUGAUCCCCUGGGAUGCAGGCACCGACAAUGGGGUCACCUAUGAGGUCAAUGACCUCCUCAAAAUGUCACAACUACACGCUCUAAUAUUCACACUAUCUCUACCACAGUGA